CACCAGAGCCACCACUGGCCACUGACACGCCAACAUUUCACACGCGGAAAUUUCUCGAUUUCGGGUCAUUUUCAUUUACGUUUCGUAGAAUUUGCUUUUCUGUCAGUUUUCCGGAGUAAUUGUGUUUCUAUCGAUUCUCUGUGCGAUAAUCUUGAAUAAUAAAUUACAGGUAUGCCCGUAGCAGAAGUAAAAUCUAGCUGGGCAGAUGAAGUGGAAGAAGAAGGAGGAGCGUUACCUCCACCUUCAGAGACCUAUGAAAAUGGGUUCAAAGUUCUCACCGAAUACAAGUAUAAUCAGGAUAACAAAAAAGUCAAAGUGGUUCGCACGUAUAAGAUUGAGAGACGUGUAGUUUCAAAGACAAUUGCUGCUCGUAAGAAUUGGGCCAAAUUUGGAGACUCUGUGGAUGAUCGACCUGGACCCAAUCCUGCAACUACGGUUGGUGGUGAAGAUGUAUUUAUGCAAUUUAUUUCUAGUAAAGAAGAAGAAAAUAAGGUUGAAGAAGAUAGCCUUGACAAAUUGAAGAAUAUGGGAGAUAAGGGUGUAGUUAAAUGUCGAAAUUGUAAUGGAGAUCAUUGGACCUCCAAAUGUCCUUACAAAGACACUGUGCUUGCUGGGGGUAAAGUGCCAGAUGAUAAAAAACCACUUAUUAAUACUGGUACUUCUGGAACAAUGACAGAAUUGAAACCUCAAGGAAGUAAAUACAUCCCACCUGGUAUGCGCGACGGAGGUAGCAAACGAGGAGAUUCUAUGCAGAUGCAAAGACGCGACGACACUACCGCUAUUCGUAUUUCCAAUUUGUCGGAAAGUACUACAGAUGCAGAUUUGGAUGAACUUGUCAAGCCAUUUGGAUCUGUCCUCAAGUUCUAUCUUGCCAAGGACAAACAAACUAAUCUCUGUAAAGGAUUUGCAUAUGUGCAUUUCAAAUAUAGAGUGGAAGCAGCAAAAGCUAUUGCUACGCUUAAUGGAUAUGGUUAUGAUCAUCUUAUUUUGAAUGUAGAUUGGUCAAAACCACAACAGCAAAAUAAUUAAGAGUAUUAAUAAAAAAUUCAAUUUCCGUUGCCUAGAUUUUGCAACGUGUAAAAAUAUAGGAAAUAUGCAAAUGUUUAAUUGUGACACCAGGAACAGAAUGCAACAGUUUUAUUUGAGAUUUUAAUGUCUUGCAUGACAAAAAUUAGCAUAGCGAACACGUUAAUUUUUUACAUUAUAUUCGACCAAUAAAUAAAAUAAUAAGUCUGGUUCCUGGUGUCACAAUUUACUGCCAUUUUUAAUUCAUUCAAAAAAAAAAAAAAAUAAUCAUGCAUUCAGUAAUGUAAAAAAUGAUGUAACUAUUAAGAUGUAAUUUGUAUUUCUAGCAUUUUGCUGAUCAAAAAUAAAUAAUAUGCCAU